CGCUCCCGGCCCGGGCAUCUCCUUCCAGCUGCAGCUGGGGCUGAGCCGGGAGCCGGUGCUGCUGCUGCAGGACUCGUCCGGGGACUACAGCCUGGCGCACGUCCGAGAGAUCGCCUGCUCCAUCGUCGACCUCAAGUUUCCUGAAUGUGGGUUCUAUGGAAUGUAUGACAAAAUCCUGCUUUUUCGCCAUGACCCUACCUCAGAAAAUAUCCUCCAGCUGGUGAAAUUGGCUGCUGACAUCCAGGAAGGAGACCUCAUUGAAGUUGUCUUGUCGGCUUCAGCCACCUUUGAAGAUUUUCAGAUCCGGCCUCACACUCUGUUCGUUCAUUCCUACCGGGCCCCGGCUUUCUGUGACCACUGUGGUGAGAUGCUUUGGGGGCUUGUACGCCAGGGACUGAAAUGUGAAGGAUGUGGGCUGAACUACCAUAAGAGAUGUGCAUUUAAAAUCCCCAACAAUUGCAGUGGGGUGAGGAGAAGACGGCUGUCAAAUGUCUCCUUGACAGGACUUUCCACUAUCCGGACAUCAUCUGCAGAGCUCCCAUCCACUACUUCAGAUGAAGCUCUCCUGUUUCCCGUCAGCCCCAGUUUCGAGCAAAAAUCACCAUCUGAAUCGUUUAUUGGGAGAGAGAAGAGAUCCAAUUCUCAGUCAUAUAUCGGACGACCAAUUCAGCUUGACAAAAUUUUACUCUCCAAGGUUAAAGUUCCUCACACUUUUGUCAUCCAUUCCUACACACGACCCACCGUGUGCCAGUACUGCAAGAAGCUUCUCAAGGGACUUUUUAGACAGGGCUUGCAGUGUAAAGAUUGCAGGUUUAAUUGCCAUAAGCGCUGUGCACCCAAAGUGCCGAAUAACUGCCUUGGGGAAGUCGCCAUUAAUGGAGAUUUGCUCAGCCCGGGAGCAGAGUCAGAUGUUGUCAUGGAAGAAGGAAGUGAUGACAAUGACAGUGAGAGAAACAGUGGUUUCAUGGAUGACAUGGAAGAGUCACUGACCCAGGAUGCUGAGAUGACAAUGGCAGCAUGCCAGAGUGACAGUGGGGAAAUGCAGGACACAGACCAGGACCAUGAUGACUCAAACAGGAUGAUUAGCCCUUCAACAAGCAACAAUAUUCCCCUGAUGAGAGUGGUCCAGUCCGUCAAACACACCAAGAGGAAAAGCAGCACCGUGAUGAAAGAGGGCUGGAUGGUUCACUACACAAGCAAAGACACGCUGAGGAAACGGCACUACUGGAGGCUAGACAGCAAAUGCAUCACACUCUUUCAGAAUGAUACUGGAAACAAAUACUACAAGGAAAUUCCCUUAUCAGAGAUUUUGUCACUGGAGCCUGCUAAAACAUCAUCUGUGAUUCCUGAUGGGGCUAGUUCCCAUUGUUUUGAAAUCACCACAGCACAUGUCAUCUACUAUGUGGGAGAAAAGCUGCUCAGCUCCUCAAGCGCCUCACCCAAUCCCAGCAUUCCCAGCAGUGGGGCAGGCCCAGAUGUAGCCAGACUGUGGGAGAUGGCCAUCCAGCACGCUCUCAUGCCUGUCAUUCCAAAGAGGCCGUCGGCGGGAUCAGGGCCCAGUUUGCAUAGGGAUAUUUCUAUCAGCAUUUCAGUAUCAAAUUGCCAGAUUCAAGAAAAUGUGGAUAUUAGUACUGUAUACCAGAUCUUUCCAGAUGAAGUGCUGGGAUCGGGACAAUUUGGGAUUGUUUAUGGAGGAAAACAUCGCAAAACUGGAAGAGAUGUGGCAAUUAAGAUCAUCGAUAAAUUAAGAUUUCCAACCAAACAAGAAAGUCAGCUGCGCAAUGAGGUCGCAAUUUUGCAGAAUCUUCACCACCCUGGUGUGGUAAAUUUGGAAUGGAUGUUUGAGACACCAGAACGGGUGUUUGUUGUUAUGGAAAAACUCCAUGGAGACAUGCUGGAGAUGAUCUUGUCAAGUGAAAAAGGAAGGCUGCCAGAGCACAUAACGAAGUUUUUAAUUACUCAGAUUCUUGUAGCCUUGAGGCAUCUUCAUUUCAAAAAUAUUGUUCACUGUGACCUCAAACCAGAAAAUGUACUGCUAGCAUCAUCUGAUCCUUUCCCACAGGUGAAACUCUGCGACUUUGGCUUCGCCAGAAUAAUCGGGGAGAAGUCAUUCAGACGGUCCGUGGUGGGGACUCCAGCUUAUCUGGCUCCAGAGGUGCUAAGGAACAAAGGCUACAACCGCUCCCUCGAUAUGUGGUCUGUGGGCGUCAUCAUCUAUGUGAGCCUCAGUGGGACCUUUCCGUUCAAUGAGGACGAAGACAUACAUGAUCAAAUCCAGAAUGCCGCUUUCAUGUACCCACCAAACCCCUGGAAGGAGCUCUCCAAUGAAGCAAUUGAUCUCAUCAAUAAUCUCUUGCAAGUGAAAAUGAGGAAGCGCUACAGCGUGGACAAAACUCUAAGUCACCCCUGGCUCCAGGACUAUCAGACGUGGUUAGAUUUACGGGAGCUGGAAUGCAAGAUAGGGGAACGCUACAUCACCCACGAAAGCGAUGACUCCCGGUGGGAGCGAUAUGCAAGAGAACAGAGCCUGCCGUAUCCAGAGCACCUUCUCAGCCAGAGCUCCAACCUCGCUGAAGCUCUUGAGCCUGAGGAAGCAGAUAUGAAAGCCCUCAGUCAGCGCGUCAGCAUCCUCUAAGCUACAUCCCCUAUAAUCUGUCAAAACACUGUGGAAUUAAUAAAUACAUACGGUCAGGUUUAACAUUUGCCUUGCAGAACUGCCAUUAUUUUCUGUCAGAUGGGAACAAAGCUGUUAAACUGUUAGCACUGUUGAUGCAUCUGAGUUGCCAAGACAAAUCAACAGAAGCAUUUGUAUUUUGUGUGACCAACUGUGUUGUAUUAACAAAAGUUCCCUGAAACACUAAACUUGUUAUUGUGAAUGAUUCAUGUUAUAUUUAAUGCAUUAAACCUGUCUCCUCUGUGCUUUUGCAAAUCAGUGUUUCCUUACUUGAGCCUUAUUUUGGUAAGAGAGAGAACCUUUCCAUUAAAUAUUUCUGUUUUGUGUUCACCGUUCAUAUUGUAAGCAAACUCUUGAAGAGUGGAUUAUUACCGCUGUUCUAUGAACAAUCGUUAAACUUACUUGGAGGAAGGGUGGAUCUGAGGAGAAAAACAAAAUCUGUUGAGGUGAAAUACUAAAACACGAGUACAUCUACUGUACGGUUUCAAUUCAGAUACCUUUUCUGUUUGUCGAGUAUAUUCCUAUAUGUUCAAGUCAUUCACAUAUACACAACCCACACACAGGGCAAGCUGCUCUUCUGCCAAAUGCCUUAGUAAUGUAAACUGCUGAAUCUGUCAGUUAUAUUUCCCUUUUCUUACAACAUUCUGCUGUACCAUGUAAAUUUUUGCAGCUAAACAACCUGUUUUGCCUUUGUGUAUGAUUUUCAAUAAAAAGUCUUG